AUGGCGCUCAAUGCCGCCUCGCACAACGUCGCCGGCGAGAAGACUGGCCCUGUCACCGCUGCCCCGCCUGCCGUUGGCGACGACAGCAAGAAGGAGCUCCUCGCGGCUGCCAAUGCGGACGGCACCGGCCAGUCUGCGCCCGGCCGCGAGAACGAGAAGGGCGUAGAGAAGAAGGAGAAGACAGCCAAGGAGCUCGAGAAGGAGCGCAAGAAGGCUGAGAAGGACGCCAAGUUCAAGGCGAAGAAGGCUGCCCAGGCCGGGCCCGCUGCUGCAAAGGAGGGCGGCUCCAAGAAAGAAAAGAAAAAGGGCAAGGAGGAGGAGCAGCUGCCCGAGUUCGUCGAAGAGACACCCAAGGGCGAGAAGAAGCGCCUCAGGAGCCUGGACGACCCGCACACCAAGGCCUACGUGCCCAAGGUGGUUGAGUCGGCGUGGUACGAUUGGUGGGAGAAAGAGGGCUUCUUCAAGCCUGAGCUCCAGCCCGACGGCACCGUCAAGAGCGCCGGCAACUUCGUCAUCCCAAUCCCUCCUCCCAACGUCACCGGCAAGCUCCACUGCGGACAUGCCCUCGCCACAUCACUGCAGGAUGUCCUGAUCAGGUGGCAUCGCAUGCGCGGCUUCACCACACUCUACCUGCCUGGUUGCGAUCACGCAGGUAUUGCCACACAGAGCGUUGUCGAGAAGAUGCUCUGGAGGCGUGAGAAGAAGACGAGGUACGAUCUUGGUCGCAAGGCAUUCUUGGAACGUACACACGAGUGGAAGGAGGAGUACCACAACCAUCUCACGCACACCCUGAAGCGCAUGGGUGGAUCUUUUGACUGGACACGCGAGGCCUUUACAAUGGACAACAACCUGUCUGCUGCUGUGACGGACAGUUUCGUCAAGAUGCACGAGGACGGUCUUAUCUACAGGUCAAACAGGCUCGUCAACUGGUGCACACAGCUCAACACGGCGCUGUCUGCGCUCGAGGUUGACAACAAGGACCUCGCGGGCAGGACCGUGCUCUCUGUCCCCGGCUACGAGCGCAAGGUCGAGUUUGGUGUCCUGACCCAUUUCAAGUACCAGAUCGAGGGCAGCGACGAGACCAUCGAAGUUGCUACAACUCGUGUUGAGACAAUGCUUGGUGACUCAGGUAUUGCCGUCCACCCCAAGGAUGAGCGCUACAAGGACUUCGUUGGCAAGAAGGCCAAGCACCCCUUCCUUGACCGUCUCCUGCCCAUCGUUGCCGAUGAAUACGUUGACCCCGAGUUCGGUACUGGAGCCGUCAAGUUGACACCCGCGCACGACCCUAACGAUUUCAACCUCGGAAAGAAGCACAACCUCGCUUUCAUCAACAUCCUCAACGACAACGGUACGCUGAACAAGAAUGCAGGAGAAUUCGAAGGCCAGAAGCGAUUCGAUGCUCGUUACACCGUCGUUGAGGCGCUCGAGAAGGCAGGCCUCUUCGUCAAGAAGGUUGACAACCCGAUGAAGGUGCCCGUCUGCCAGAGAUCUGGCGAUGUUAUCGAGCCCAUCAUGAAGCCGCAGUGGUGGAUGAAGAUGACCGAGCUGGCCAAGCCAGCCAUUGACGCUGUGAAGAACGGCGACAUCAAGAUCCGCCCCGCGAGCUCAGAGAAGACAUACAUGCACUGGAUGAACAACAUUCAGGACUGGUGUCUGUCGCGUCAGCUCUGGUGGGGCCACCAGAUUCCUGCCUACUACGUUAACGUUGAGGGCGGCGAGGGUGAUCGUACUGACAACGAGCUCUGGGUCACCGGCCGUACAGAAGAGGAGGCGCAGAAGAAGGCUGCAGAGAAGUUCCAGGGCAAGAAGUUUACACUCGAACGUGACGAGGACGUGCUCGACACAUGGUACUCUUCCGGCCUCUGGCCCUUCAGCACACUCGGCUGGCCCAACGAGGACUCUGUCGAUCUCAAGAACCUCUUCCCCACAUCUGUCCUUGAGACUGGUUGGGACAUUUUGUUCUUCUGGGUUGCUCGCAUGAUCAUGCUGUCGCUUCGCCUCACAGGAAAGGUUCCUUUCAAAGAGGUUUACUGCCAUUCGCUGAUCCGUGACUCCGAAGGCAGGAAGAUGUCCAAGUCUCUUGGAAACGUCAUUGACCCUGUUGAUAUCAUGGAUGGCAUCACUCUAGAGAAACUCCACAAGCAGCUCACCAUGGGCAACCUGGAUCCUAAGGAGUUGAAGACUGCCGAGAAGUACCAGAAGACUUCGUUCCCCCAGGGUAUUCCCGAGUGCGGUGCCGACGCUCUUCGCAUGGCUCUUGUUGGCUACACAACUGGUGGCGGUGACAUCUCAUUCGACGUAUCCGUCAUCCACGGAUACAGGAGGUUCUGUAACAAGAUCUACCAGGCUACCAAAUACGUCCUUGGUCGCCUCGGAGACCUUCAGCCUCGUGCGCAGAUUGAGAAGGGUGGAAAGGAGUCGCUUCCUGAGCGAUGGAUUCUACACAAGCUCACUACUUCUUCCAAGAAGAUCAACGCACAUCUCGAGGCACGCGAGUUCUCGCUUGCCACACAGGUCGCCUACAGGUACUUUUACGAGUUCCUGUGCGACACCUACAUCGAGAACAGCAAGGCUAUCUUCGAUGAUGGUAGCGAGACCGAGAAGGAGAGCGCCAAGCAGACCCUCUACACGGCUAUUGAGGGCGGUCUCACCAUGAUCCACCCCUUCAUGCCCUUCCUGACCGAAGAGCUCUGGCAACGCCUGCCGCGCAGGCAAGGCGACAAGACGCCUUCCAUCACCGUCGCCUCUUUCCCGCAGUACAUCGAGUCUUUCGAGGACGAGAGCGCGGAAGCCGAGUACGAGCUCCUUGUCGACGUAUCAAGAGCUCUGCGCUCCCUCGCUGCCGAGUAUGGCUUCAAGGAUGACGGCAAGACUUACAUCCAGCCCCUCGACGAUGCUACACACAAGUCUCUCCAGGCCUCCACAUCUCUGCCCUCCAUCCGCUCGCUUACCGGCAAGACCGUAUCUGAGAUCACCAUUCUGGCACCCUCGGACCCUCUGCCUACCGGUUGCGCUGUGUACACUGUUGGCAGCUCCGCAACAGCGUUCUUGGACGUCAAGGGCCGCAUUGAGGUGGACAAGGAGAUCACGAAGGCGCAGGACAGGCUCAAGAAGGCGAACGAGACAAUCGAGAAGCAGAAGAAGAUUAUGGAUGCGGGCUGGGAGGAGAAGGUGUCUGAUGUUGUGAAGGAGCAGGAGAAGGAGAAGCUCAAGGCUGCGGAGAUCGAGGGUAAGAACUGGCAGGCUAGUAUUGAGCAGUUCGAGAAGCUCAAGCUGUCUGAUUAG